GCCAUUGGCCGGCGGGUUUCCGCGACGUCACGACCCGAUCAGCUGUUUGCAAACUGAGUUGUAGAACAACAAAAGCGUCAGUUGGGGAGGCGAGAAGAGAACCGAACGAGACGGGAGAACUUCGUCCUUUCACCCGAGACCCUCACAGCGUCCCCGCUACUGACCCCGGCCGGAACUACCUCAUUACUAGAACGGAGACUACUGGAGCGGGAUUGGCUGAACUCCUUCACCCAGUUUUGUACAAAGCCAAUGUGAUGUUUCCUCUAUUUUUAAGCUGAGACAUUUUUUAUGCACUUUAUCACUGCCUGUGCCACCUGGCUGAAUCUGAGCCAUCACUGUGAGGAACGGUUAGUAAAGGAACCCAGCAAUGUUCCAAAAGCUAAAUAAUAUGUUUAUGGGCGACUCCAGCAACAUCUUGAGUCAUGAUCCGGAGCUUCAGGAAAAAGAAGAGGAGGAUGAAUGGAUUCUGGUGGACUUCAUAGUGGAUGCCUGCAUUGAAACAGAAGAAGAAGCCUCUACAUUAGAAGAAUUGGUUUUCGUUGACGAACACCCCAUAAUGUCCUUAACAUCUGGUGCCUUGAAACCGUUUGGAAAUACUAGUGACUCGUACUUUGUCCAUUUUGAUGCAUGUCCUAUGGAAGAGAGCUGGUUUGUAACUCCACCUCCCUGCUUCACUGCUGGAGAUUUGACCACUAAUGAGGUGGAGACCAGUCCUAUGGAAAACCUUCUCAUUGAACACCCAAGCAUGUCUGUUUAUGCUUUUCACAACCUUUCUAACAAGCAGGCAGAUACAUGUGCUUCAGAGUUUGAUACCUCGAACAGUUUAAGGUCGGAUGCAGAACUUUCAAACCUGGGCCGCCGUGUGCUUGGUUAUGUUGCUACUCUUGCAGCUCGCACACACUGUCUGGACCAGGCUAAGACAUUGCACUACACCAAGCUAUCAAAGCAGCAGUUGGAAAAAAAACCUCUUCUGAACCGGAAAAGCCUUAGACGACAAAACCUCAUUCGAGGUUGCCAUUCACAUCAUAUCAAGCACAGCGGUAUCCUUGUUCACCAGCCUUGUCAGCGUCGGUACAAUUAUAAGUGUUGAAUAGUUUCAUUCUUUUUCGUCCUUCACCAAAAACAAAACAAAAAAAAUUAUGGAGUAUGGAGAGAGAAUCGCAGAGCUCAAUUAGUUCACUUAAUGCUGUACCUUGUGCUAGCUCUGUACUUUGUGCUAGCUCUGUUCUACUCUCUCAGCAUAUACUGUAGCAAUUCAAAAUAGAAUCCUGCCGUCAUAAAGCAUUAUUUCCAUUAAAGUUUAACAUGAGUUAUCUGGGGAAAGUGUUAUUAGCAAACUAAGGGUGGUGUCUAAAACCCUAAGGUUUGCUUUUUGUUUUGUCAAAUUCAUUAUAUUAGCAAGACCCAAACCACACGGGUGCCUCCUUGGUAAAUGGCAGUCACGUCAGUAAAGAUCGCUCAAACUGAUUGUAGAUUUUUGUGAUGAUGUUCUUAUUUUAUUUUUUUUAAGAACUUUAGCCAUUGUUCGAAAAGUCACUGGCUCAAGAUUGGCCACAAUAAAUCACAUAGGAAUGCCGCAAUUUGAAAAUUCAAUGGUAAUUUUUCAGUUUUUAGCGAUUGCAUGGAUCUCUGUAUGACAUUGGAGUCACUCCCUAUGAUUUUGUGCCCAACAGGUUUUGGGCUAUAAUGGGUUGAGUUGUUGAGUUUUUUACUGCCAGUGAAAAUUGAGAUUGCAAGUGAAAACUUUCAUUUCCUUUGUCCAGAAAAUUCCACCUCUAUGUUCACGGUUACAAUAUUUUAUCACUUCUGGUCAGUCAGUAGAAAAUUCAAUAUUGAUGUUUGCGUUUUUUUGUACAAUGCAUCCAUACAAAAAAAGUUUUUUUUUUUUUCGGAUUCUACCUAACAAAGGCCAGAUUAUUCGUUUUGCAUGGUUACAGGUAGGUUAACUUGCCUGUGUUUCUAAUUUCUCUGGGCAACAGCAGUAAUAUUUUCCUGCAGAAUAAUGUUUCUGCCUCCUUCCUUAAAGAAGUGUGUGGGAGCUGUGCCUAAUCUUAAACGGCUUAUGCCUUCUGCACAUUAUUGGUAGGGCUUUGCUUACGUCUAUCAGUACUUCCCUCGACUGGUGGGGUAAUGAUCAAGACACAUCAGUAAAGGUGCAGAAAGCACAGAUCUGCUCUUGGAAUAGAAACAGGGAGAUCCUUGCAUGGACAGUCCUCAACUACGGUUCCUCUCCAGCAUGGAGAUCUGUGAUUGGCACAGUAUUAACAUUAAAUCUCCUGAGAUAAGAAGCCACAGGAUCUUGCCUACAAAAAAAAAAACUGAGGCUCAGGGCACAAAGUGUAAAGUUAUUUUUCAGGAUCAAUUCAAGACAAAUGGUUUUGGGGUUCAGUUUAUGUACAAUAAAUAUUCUAGAUAUUUCUGAUCAACAUUGGAAAGCUUGACUUCUUAAAUUCCAGUUCACUUUAAGGCCAAUGUAUGUUUUUCUCGUAUUGCUGGAUACACACGUUAUUGAUUCAUUGUGAAGAAUCCAUGUCUUUGGAAUU